AUGGCAGCAUACUGCAGGGAGGUUAAACUCCUCUCUGACCAACUGAACAGCAUUGGUUAUGCUGUCGAUAACGACCGCCUUGUACUUCAACUUCUCACCGGGCUUAACGAGCAGUUUGAAGGCAUCUCUACUAUACUUCAGAAUCGGGAUCCUCUACCCGAUUUUAAUGAAGCCCGCUCUCGGCUAACUAUGGAAGAAAAGAAGAAACACCAUCAUGCCACCGCCAAUGCAAACACGGCUGCCACUGCCCUUCAUGUCGCUGCUGCCCCCUCUGCCUCUCAGGACUCCCGAGCCUCUCAGCCAACUCGUAGUCGAUCCAACACAAGCGACCCACCCACCAACCGCACUCGCGGCCAUAGGCGAGGCCGUCACAGCCGUGACAGCAGCCGCCCUGCCCGCACCAACAACAACACACGACCCGUCUUCCCUUCGUCUUGGGAUGCGAACCCUCUAGUGGCCCAACUUGCUGCUGCUCUUCAACCCUUCUUAGCCCCACCGCCUUGCCCAUACCCAUCGACUCCCAGGCCCAACCCAACAAAUGGAACAGGUAUUCUUGGCCCACGUCCUGCUCAAGCUUACACAACAAGUUACACACCCACUGAUAUUGAUCAGGCUCUCUACACGCUCUCUCUCUGA